AUGCGCCUCUACAUUUUCUUAUUCCUUGUUCAGACAGGGACGGUGCUCUCGAAACAAAACAAAGGGAAUGAACAAAAUUGCGAAAAUAAGAUGUACGAGUACAACCUUCAUACUUAUAAGUGUGACAUCGAGGAUGGCGAAUUUGAUUCAUCAUACGCGGAUCUUCUCAAGGAUUAUUUCACCAAUAACUACAACAUGACUCCUUCAUUUCCGUUAACACGUGUCUCCUGCGCUUUGGAGAAUCAUGUGAACAUUCCGAAAGGUUGUGGUUUCACAUUUUACACAGCCACUUUUCGGGGUCGAUUAACUCGAGAACAGAAAUUACGUCAGUUGGCCGAAGGCAUGAAACAUGAGUUGGAUGUGAUAACGCGCAGAAAGCCAGGAGAAACUGUAUCCUUUUUUCUUAAUUGCUACGGGGGAACGCACAGAGUCACAUGUGCCGCCAAAACUGAUUCCAAAAAAAGAAACAAGGAAAAGUGCACUUCGCAGAAAAGACCUGGCCAAAAGACGCCCGAAGAAAGCCGCGCUGCGCCUACCGCUAAAGUAGCCUCAGGUGCAGCUGUCCCUCGCUCCAAGGAGAGAGAAUCACUCAAACACAGCCCACCUGUCGAUUCGCCCGGAAAGGGAGGACUCGUAGGGACCCCGGAAAAAGAACAACCCGGGCCGAGCCACUCUGCCGGGUCACCUGAUGAGGGAGGACCACACAACCAGAGCAUACCUGCCAGUCUUGGGGAAGGAAGACAAGGCGAACAUAGUCGUCCACCUACCGCUUCCCUUAUGGAAGAAGAACUGAGCUCACGGAGCCAGGUAAAAGCAGGUAGCCAUCGCUCCUCGCCUCCCGGGCCUGAAAUGGAUGAAGCAGGCGAGCCUCCAGCUACAAAGGACGAAGGAGGAAGCCGUCAUUCCCCAGGGGAGGGCUUGGAAGGCAGUUCUCUAACAGAAGCCUAG